AUGGAAGCAAGAGACAAACCAAAAACUCUAGAGCUAACAGUUUUAUCAGCCCAAGAUAUCCACGUGAACGGAGAGCCAGUAACAACAGACGUCUUCGUCGUAGUUCGCGCCGAAUCUACCACCGCCCACACAACACCGUUGAGCACCGUCGAUAACGGCGUCCAUUCAUGGAACGAGAAGUUCACAGUGGAGUUAUCGACCUACGCUAGGUCCAUCUCGUUCGAGGUAAAGUACCAAACCGCAACAGGUGUAAGAGACAUCGGUGUCGCAAGAAUAGCGGUUUCGGAUUUCCUCGGAGGUUCGGUUCCGGAAACUAGUUUGCAGUUUUUGAGUUAUACUUUGAGAGACUGGAAUGGUCUUCGUAACGGAGUUAUUAAUUUCUCCGUUAGGGUUGUUUUGGAAGAAGAAACUGAGGAGCACGUUGCUGCACAUGGUGUUGUUACAGGCAUUCCAUGUUUGUGGAACAGUUGCACUGACAAUGACAGGGUUUGA